AUCAUUAUAGUUAGAAAAUAUGUUUUCUUCUCUCUCUCUCUCUCUCUCUCUCUCUCUCUCUCUCUCUUCCUGUUAUAAGAUUUGUAUUUCCAUUAACUAGGUUUGCUUGCCUCUCUAUUUUUUUUCUUAUAAUGAACCCUUUUUAUGUAAAUUCCAUGUCAUUCUUAAACAUAAUGGUGCUUUUGAGUUUGAGAGAUUUUUGCUAUUAUUUCAAAAGGAUUUAUUAUGAUCACAAACUUCACUUUGUACUCUUGUUAAAACAUUACUUGAAAAUGGGGUUUCUCACUUUGUCAGAACUUAAUUGGUUUAAAUUGCAAAUCAUUUUUCAUGAUCUGUGUAUGCUACACAAGACACAAAGUAUAAAUCUAACAGGUUAUUUAAGUCAGAAUCAUUUAGUGGAUGCACUGAAACACGUUGAUGUAAAUCUUAGUUUGGGCUGUGAGAUAUGAAAAAAGACAAUGGAUCACCUUGAUGCAUGGCCUGGACUUGAUGACCCGCUCUACCUUGAAACUUCUGAUAAUUUAUGGCCACUUCUGGGAGAAAGCAGCAUAUCAAAGCCUAGUGAAAUUGCAGAUAACAUUAAUGAUGUGUUGGAUCCAAGCGUGUUCCUUGCUCAAGAACAUUCAGCAUUGGUGGAAUCAAGAAAUAAUAUUGAUGAGGGGUUACAAGAAAAUGGUCUCAGUUUCCACAAAGAUGACAACUUGUCCACCAUUCUUGAUGCUUCAAAUGAUCCAUGGCCAUUUCCAGAAGAAAGUAAUGUAUAUCAUGACACUAAUUGUGCACUGGAUUCAAGCAUGCUUCUUGAUCAAGAACUUCCAGUACUGUUGGUUGAUUCUAGUACUGAGAAAGUAAUGUCUGGAAAAGGUCUCAACUCUAAGAGGACUAGGGAGAGAAACCAUGGUAUAAAUCGCAUACAACCUAGAAAAAAGGUGGUGGAACCUAAUGCAGAAGAAGGGUCAGCUUCUCAGAAACAAGACCAUAAUGCUAAAGAGAGAGUACGGAGGAAAAAUCUAAAUUCUUCUUACCUUGCCCUUGGUUCAUUGCUACCUGAUUCUCGAAGAUCAAAGAGAUGGAGUGCGCCAGUCAUAAUGGAUAGAAUUCUUGACUACGUUCCAGAGCUAGAAAAUGAAAUAAAAAAGCUAACUCUCAGGAAGAAGGAUAUGCUAUCAGCACUUGAAAACCAGCAAAAUCUCGAUCAAACCCUACAUAUAAAAGUUCAAGCUCCCACAGUCUCUGUGCAUGAAGUUAAAGAAGACCAAGUGAUCAUACAAAUAUGCUUGCAAAAAGAUAGAGAAGAUGUUCUUUCCAAUUUGAUAAGGAAUCUAGAAGCAGAAGACAUGUGCAUUAAGAGUGCUUCAACUUUCCAUAUUUCUGAUGAUAGUUCCAGCUACCAUUUACAUGUUGAGAUGGAUGGAAGUUCACUUGGAGCUGAGUGUAUUGCAGUUUUAAAAGAGAAGGUAACUUCUUGGUUGUGUUGAUUCCUUGAUGUUGAUUGCUAUAAAAAAAUUUCACUUACAUACCCAAAACAAAGGAUAUGUAAAUUCAAUAGAGUCUGCAAAGGUUGUCAGUUACUAUUUUUUUUAUUUUACAUAUAGCAAAAAUACAAAAAGAAGUUUUAGAGUGAA